CAAAUUCAUAAUGCAAAAUGUUUUCUUAAUGUGUGGUGCGGUGGAAGCAUUUCCGAUUUAUAAUACAUGUUCGAGUUCCGCAAACCAAAUAUUUAUAGUUCAAUAAUAUAAUCUGAUUUAAUAGUAACAAUAAAAUAACAUAGGAGUUUGUACAUAAUAAGUAUUAAUUAUUGUAAAGAUGCCUCCAAAAUCUAAACCAGCAGCUCCCAGCAAAAAAACUGAACAAAAAAAGAAGGAAAAAGUAAUAGAGGAUAAAACAUUCGGACUUAAAAAUAAAAAGGGAGCGAAACAACAGAAAUUCAUUCAACAAGUUGAAAAACAAGUGAAAUCUGGUGGAAUUCAUCCUCUAAAAGCAGAUGAAAAAAAAUUGGAAAAAGAAAAGAAAUUGAAGGAACAAAAAGAACUCGCUGCACUAUUCAAACCUGUACAAACUCAAAAAGUAGAAAAAGGGGCCGAUCCUAAAUCAGUAGUAUGCGCUUUCUUCAAACAAGGGCAGUGUACAAAAGGUGAUAAAUGUAAGUUUUCCCAUGACCUAACUAUCGAAAGAAAAGCAGAAAAACGUUCAUUAUAUGUUGAUAUGCGUGACGAUGAGGAAGAAACUAUGGAAAAUUGGGAUGAAGCAAAAUUAAAGGAAGUUAUUGAAAAGAAACAUGGAGAGAAGGGAAAGAUGCCAACUACUGAUAUUAUUUGCAAGCAUUUCUUAGAAGCAGUGGAGAAAUCAAAGUAUGGUUGGUUUUGGACAUGCCCUACAGGAGAAAAUUGUAUUUAUAGACACGCCCUACCACCAGGAUUUGUGCUUAAAAAAGAUAAGAAAAAAUUAGAAGACAAAUCCAAUGAAAUUACUCUCGAAGAUCUAAUCGAAAAAGAAAGAGCAGCUUUAGGUUCAAAACAAACAAAAGUGACUUUAGAAUCGUUUUUGGCUUGGAAGAAAAGGAAAAUUCAAGAAAAAAAGGACCAACUUCAAAAGGAUGAAGAUAAGAAACGUAACGAAUUCAAAGCUGGCAGACAAGUCGGUUUAUCUGGUAGAGAAAUGUUUAGCUUUAAUCCUGAAUUAGCGAAAGAUAACGAUAUGGAAGACGGAGAUGAAUUAUUUGAUUCUUCAGCUUACCCUAACGAAGAAGAAAAUAUUGUUUACAAAGAAAUCGAUUUAGGUAUUUUGGGCGGUGAAGGACAAGAAGCUGAUGGAACUGGAACUGUAGCUACAGAAGAUAGAUUUAAAGAUACAUCGGCUAGUGAGAAAGCCAUAGAAGGCGCGGCGGCAGUUCCCAUUAACGAAAAUCUGUUCCUCGAAGCAGACCUAGAUGAGUUGGAUGAAGAGUUAGAAGGUUUAGAUCUAGAGGAAUAAUAAUUGGGGUUCAGUACUUUUACCAACCCUAUCGGAUUUGUUUUAUUAAUUCGCAAUGUUAUAAAAGUGUAAAUAUCAUUUUAGUGACUUUCAUUUUAUCUUUAUGAAAUUUAUCUAAAAGAAUCCUGUACGCCAAUAAGGAAUGUAUUUUAUACAAAUUGUCCAAAAAAAAUUUUGGGAUCCCCUCUAAACUGCGAGUCGAAAAAGUACAAAAUAUUGUUAUGAAUUCGCCAACUGAUAUAGACCGUGAAGCCGGUCCUGUUCUAAUAUCAAAGCUAAAAUUGACGGAUUCGCUAGAUAUUUUUUAUUUUGUAAGAUCUAUUUACCUUUCUUGUGACUAUGUAGAAGAUUUCUAAGAAGACUUUCUUGUUCGUUUUUUUUCUAGGAAAUCGACGAUUCUAGAAUGUGAUUAUAGUGUAUAUAAAACGAGAGUCUAGCAGCUGUAAUUCAGUCAAAAAUCUGAUGAGAGUGACAAGUGUAUUAUUUAGUUUUUUGUGAUGUAAUUUGAACUUAGGUUUCACUCUUUUAUAAUCAAACACACGUUCAAAUCUAAA